ACCCCACCAGAAAUAACAGUAACAGCCAAUCCGACAAAGCCAGUGUCACAACCAGUUGCCAAAUAUGGCAGAACACCACCGGUUCACCACCCUUGUCCUCUCCACCGUCGCCGUCAUUCUCCUCUGUUCUACACCGCAACCAUCAGCGCUGAAGCAUGCCGCUACUACCCCACGAUUCUUCGAGAAAUUCGCAGCUUCUUCAACCCACCACUCUCAGCUCGAUCUCCACUACGAAACCAGAUACUUCCAACAACGCCUCGACCACUUCAGCUUCUCCGAGCUGCCACCGUUCCCUCAGAGAUACCUCAUCAACACCGACCACUGGGACCGAUCAUCGGGGCCCAUUUUCUUCUACUGCGGGAACGAAGGUGAUAUCACUUGGUUCGCCCAAAACACCGGGUUUGUAUGGGAAAUCGCGCCUCAGUUCGGUGCCAUGGUUGUUUUUCCUGAACAUCGAUAUUAUGGUGAGUCUGUGCCUUAUGGGAGCAGAGAGGAGGCGUAUAAGAAUGCUUCUACUUUGUCUUAUCUUACGGCUGAGCAAGCGCUUGCUGAUUUUUCUGUUCUGCUCAUUGAUCUGAAGCAGAAUUUUUCAGCCAUUGAUUGCCCAGUUGUGUUGUUUGGAGGAUCAUAUGGUGGAAUGUUAGCAGCAUGGAUGAGACUCAAGUAUCCUCACAUUGCUAUUGGGGCACUAGCUUCUUCGGCUCCAAUUCUUCAAUUUGAAAACAUUGUGCCCCCUGAAACUUUCUACGACAUUGUUUCCAAUGAUUUCAAACGUGAAAGUUCCACUUGCUUUACCUAUAUAAAACAGUCUUGGGAUGAGAUAUCAUCCAAGGGUCAAACAAAUGAUGGCCUUGAGCAUCUGACUAAAACUUUCAAGCAAUGCCAGAAAUUAAAAAGCACUGACGAUCUAUUUGGCUGGUUGGAGUCUGCAUAUAGUUAUUUGGCAAUGGUGAACUACCCUUAUCCUUCUGAAUUUUUGAUGACUUUACCAGGACACCCCAUCAAGGAGGUUUGCAGAAGGAUUGAUCAGGGUCCUGCAGGGACUAGUAUCCUGGAGCGCAUAUAUGAAGGAGUGAAUGUCUACUACAAUUAUACAGGAGAAGCUAAAUGUUUUGAACUGGAUGAUGAUCCACACGGCUUGAGUGGCUGGAACUGGCAGGCUUGCACUGAAAUGGUUAUGCCAAUGUCUAGCAGCCAGGAGUCCAGCAUGUUUCCACCAUAUGAGUACAACUACACUUCCUACCUAGAGGAUUGCAUCAAGAGUUUUGGAGUGGAGCCAAGGCCAAAAUGGAUUACUACAGAAUUUGGCGGGCAUAACAUCCUUGCCACCUUGAAGAAAUUCGGAAGCAAUAUAAUCUUCUCAAAUGGUCUAUUGGAUCCAUGGAGUGGGGGCAGUGUUCUGCAGAAUAUAUCUGAAAGUAUUGUUUCUCUUGUUACUAAAGAAGGUGCUCACCACAUAGAUUUACGUGCUUCAACGGGAAAUGAUCCUGAUUGGUUGGUAGAGCAGAGAGCCACUGAGAUCAAGCUAAUACAAGGUUGGAUCAGUGACUACUACAGAAAAAGUAAAGCUGUAUUCGAUAUAUAAUGUAGAUUUUCUUUUUUUUUGACUUGCUACAUGCUUUCCCACUGUUUGUAACUUUGUAUAGCUCAACAAAACUUGUUUGUUUGGUACGAGAGGAACCGUUUUAUCUAA